CCUUGGCGCGCUGGUAAACGUUUGAAAAUUUCAACUGUCAUUUUACGCUAAAUUUACUGUUUCCUGCGCACACCCCCAUGCAGUACGGUCUCCAGGCACCUUUGCGGGACAGAAGGACCCCGCAUUGCAAGCUUCCAGAACAAGCUCCCGUCCAGGCAAUCGAGCUGCGACGUCAGGUCAGGGCCUCGAAAUCACCAUCGUAAAGAGGAUCUUUCAAAUACCAAAUCAGCACCAGAUUCAUCCCACAUUUUCACCGUACCUUGAAGACGACAAAAGUCCAUUCACGACGUCAACACUCUCCCACAAUAACGGUACUUGCUGCUAUACAAAUAGGUAGCAACAGUCCACUCUACCCACCUCAACGACAACACAACCACAACACCUGAUAACCAAUCACACACAAACAUGUCAUCCUCGGCCGCCGAAUCCCUCCCCAUAACCCCCCAAGCUUUCGCCGCAGCUCUAGAAGACCUCCCCGUCUCGGCCCUCCACCUCAAAGUCCUCGAAAUCUACAACUCCAUCGCCCACCUCAAGUACUCCAACGAGCAGCUGCGGCCCUUUGCCGAAGGUCUCGAAGCCCCUCUCGGCGGCUCGUCAUCGCAAAACCAACAACCCGACCCAGACUGCGUCGAAGCCAUCCGCGAGAACGAGCAAGUCAUGGUCCGCAUGGAGGAGCGCGUCCAGCUGGUCAGGAACGAAGUCGAGCGCAGGGGACUCAGCUGGACCGAGUUCGAAAGGAAGGAGGAGGUGGAGGCGGCCGCGGCGAGGAAUAGGGCUCGCGGACCGGUGGAGACUGGUGAGGAGGAUUCGGACGAUGAGGAGGAGCAAGGACAACAACCGAUGACGAAUGGAACUUCGACGACAACGACAACGACACAGCAGCACCCCGCUUGGAUGGAUGGGACGUUUCAGACUGGAGUGAUUAGGAAUGGAGAGAUUGUCAUGGAUGAUGUUGCUGGGUCGAGAAGACAGCAGCAAGAGCAACAAGGUGAUACUGGUACUGGCACUGGCACUGGCGCUGGCGCUGGCGCUGGUGCUGGUGGCUCGCUGAGUGACGAGGAGCUUAGGAGGAGGAUGGAAGAACGACUACGGGACUUGGGAGGGGAAGAUGACGAGGAGGAGGAGGGCGGUAUGCACCUGUGAGAGGCAAGCGACGGGAAUAAGGGACCGAAGGAGUUGAGCAUCGUGAAGAAGAGGUUACGCACGACUUGUCACUUGCAGCAUGGGCCGGCAGGCUGGCGUAUAAGUGGCGUUGUGGUGCACUUUUUUGUUAUUCGGUUACUAGUGCGCUUCAAGGGUGAAAAGGUUAAUUUAGAUGGAUGCUACAAGAGCAGGGCUGGGCAAGGGAGAUUCUCCAGAAUCUCUUUUAACUUUUUCGUAUGGGCGGUCUGGUAGUAAUCUGAUUUGGAACACAGGCGACGCCAUCUUGAUUGUAGUAGGUGUGACAUUCUUCACCAUCUCUGCUACACCUCAACUUCUGGGGCGCUAAUUGAAUCACCAUUUUUUUUCUUAUGAGAU